CUGACGUAUAUACGAGCUCCAGACCAACGACAUAGUACCACGCCGGGUGCAACAUGAAAACUGGUAUGAUCUACAGUUCGACUAGUCUAUAUUAAUGGUUAAUAUCAUUUUCUUACUACGAAGUUCGGGUCCAUCCCAUCUCGUUGAUGGCAUUAGUUUUCUCCGAAGCGGAACAAGCAUUGACGUAGAUCAUUUCUGGCAUCGCGCAUGACUAGCUUUCUAGAUCUCUUUAUAACCGAUUGGCUAAAGUAUAGGGGAUUGUCGAAUCAUUUCUUACUGUGUUCUAAUUCUAGCCUGUAAUGUUACAUUUUGGACGUGCGACCCCCGCCAUUGUGGGGGAACAAAGCAGCUAGAGAGGACUUCUGAGCAAUGAUAUAUCAUCGAGUCCAAAGUCUUAGUAUCUUCGCCAAGAUGGAGGACAUUCAGCAGUCAGUGACGACGCUUAUAUCGUCGUACUUCAACUCGCUGCCAGAAACGUUCAUGAUGCGUCUCAUUGACUUAUGGAGAGGACUGCUGUUGCUUUCUGCUUCGACAGCGACAUUUGCGAUAACAAAUAAACAGACUGAAGCGGUGUUGGUUCCAUUUGCUCUCGACCCCCUACCUCUGGGCAGCGUCACACCCAAUGGCUGGCUUCGAACAGAACUCGAAACAUCCGCCGCUGGCCUUGGUGGGCACCUAUUCGACUUUUGGUCCUUUGUCGCAAAUUCCAGCUGGAUCGGCGGCGACUCUGAAUACAGUGACCUCAACGAAGCGCUUCCAUAUUGGGUAAAUGCAAUGGUCCCGCUCUCUUAUACCCUACAGGACGAACGAUUGAAAAGCAAUGUGCAUUAUGUUGUCGAUACUAUCAUCGACCGCAUACAGUCUGAUGGAUGGAUAGGUCCGGAAACGCUGGCUGGUGGAGAACGAAUGAUCUGGGCGCGUACCUUGCUUUUUCUUGGAUGGACUAACUUGGUCGAAGCGAAUGCGACUUAUGAGAAACCGAUAAUCGACGCGAUGCAUCGUUUUAACAGGUUGAUGAACACAAUGCUCAAGAAUAAUGGUACCGGGAUGAUUUGGCAUGAAGGAGACAAAUUAAGCCCUUCGGAUUAUGUCUGGUUUAUCUCGAGAACUGAAGACAUGAUGGUUAGUUUGCAGUGGCUGAUCGAUCAUUAUCCUGGUAACCAGACCGAUAUUUUGAAAGAGAAUAUCGAUCUCAUACACCAUUUUGGAUCGAAGUGGGAGGCUUGGUAUACCAAUGGCACUUAUGUCACGCAAGAUCUUUACGAUGUUCCCGCAUCGGUGACGACUGAUCAGUGGCAGUUCUUGCAUGGCGUUACUGUCGCUGAGGGUUUGAAAGCAGCAGCGGUCCUCCGAAGAUCCACUUUCAAUGACAGUCUUCUUAAGACAGCAAAAGACGGCGUUGACUGGACAUUCGAAUACCAUGGUGCAGCAUCUGGUACAAUUCUGGCAGAUGAACGUUUAGAUGGCGUUAAUCCUUACUACGGAUCGGAACUCUGCACAGAUGUUGAAACCAUAUACUCGCUCGCAUACAACUACUUCGCGAUAGGCGACAACGACUACGCGGAUCGAGCCGAGAGAGCGGCGUUUAACGCACUUCCAGCUGCUGUAUCUGGGGACUGGUGGAGUCACCAGUAUAUGACGCAGCCCAACCAGCCGUAUUCUAAGAACCUCUCUUCAACCCCGUUCUGGGAUGUGAAUACCCAGGGACAGACUUUCGGACUGGAACCGAACUAUCCUUGUUGUACUGUUAACCAUCCACAAGGGUAUCCCAAGUUCACUAUGUAUAGCUGGUUAAAGAAGGGCGAGACGGGACUGGUCCAUGCUCUUCUGAGCCCAAGUCAUGUCGAGACUCAAGUGGCUGGCGGAGAUGUCACCGUUGACUGCCAGACUGAUUAUCCAUUUCGAAAUGAAUUGACAUAUACCAUAACCACAGACAAGACGUUUGAAUUUUACGUGCGUGUUCCGGGAUGGGCGACUGGAAGUACUAUCUCCAGCUCAGACAAGGGACAACAGGCGGGUGAAUUGGACCCGAAAUCUGGCUUACGGGGUAUCGAAGUUUCCCCGGGCACCACUACCAUCGAAUAUAAUAUCAGCGAGAUAGCUUCGAAGUUCCGCACAGAGCCACGCGCAAAUGACACGAUCGCCGUUUACCAGGGCCCGCUUCUAUACGCGAUUCAUAUCCCUCCUGUGGUUUCGUCGGGACCACCGAAGCUUUAUAACAAUCAACAACCCUUCGCACCUGGCACUUACCCACCACAGGCGCAUGAUUAUCAGAUGUUAAACAGCACAGAGUGGAACGUCGCCAUUGAUCCUUCAACUAUAACUUACUAUGACGGAGGCGAGAACACUGCUCUUCCUCAACCGACGUGGGAUGAUGGUCAGUUGCCCAUGUACAUGACAGCCAAAGCAUGUUUGAUCGACUGGCCGUUAUUCAGAGGAUCGGUUCCGGGAUGGCCUAUUCUGAAGGAGGAUCGAAAGUGCUUGGGUGAUGCGUUUAAUGCGACCUUGCGACCAUAUGGAAGCGCAAAGUUGCAUAUGGCCGAAAUUCCCACUAUCGAUUUGUAAGUGUUAUUCUGUUGCCUUCUCCUUGGUGAAAUUAGGCAAAAGAAUCGUGUUUGGGAUAAUUAUACCAAGAUGGAAAGGCAUGUAACGGAGUGGAGUGCUGUAUACAAUAGUGUUGAGAAAAAGGGAUAACACCCUUCAUUCAGAUAAUUGUGAGUGUACUCUGGAUACCUACUUAGUACAGAAUUCAUCCAAAACUAUCUGCAUUUAUUUCGAAGGACAAAGAAUAAACUAUAGAAGGUCAUUAUAAGGGGAGACUUAUAUAUGAGGUUUCAAUGUCAUCAUA